AUGAUGUCUUUCGACACUGGACAACACGGCUUGUUCGAGUUCAAUCAAGCUGAUUUCGACUUCAACAUCACAUUCGAGCAAAUCUUCCUCUCCAUCGUGCCGUCUGUGCUCUUCAUUGUCGCAUCAUCAUGGCGAGCUGUCUCUCAACUUCGCAAGCCUACACUGGUAAAGGCGCCAAUGUUACAGUCUAUCAAACUCGCCGCUAUUUUGAUCUAUCUGGGUCUGGAACUGGCACUUCUAAUCCUGGCGUCAUUGUCUAAGUUCGAAGCCUCGAGCAUCUUUCUGGCGGCGUCGGUUUUGAAACUUGUAUCUGCGUUGACUAUGAUCAUUCUUAGUCUUGCUGAUCACAACAAAAGCCCGCGACCUUCUGUUCUGCUCGGUAUUUAUCUCUCCUUGACGCUUCUGCCAGAUGCAGCACAAGCGAGGACUUUCUUCCUAUCAUCGAAUGCUGCUCCUCAGGUCUUAUACAGCAGUGUUUUCUGCGCCGCAAUUGCUUUCAAACUACUUAUUCUUUUUCUUGAGGCCAAGAAAAAGUCUCAAUGGCUGGCGUGGGAUAAGAGAGCUCACAGUCCCGAGGAGACCAGCGGCAUUUUCUCUCUCGGCGUUUAUGCCUGGCUCAACAAGAUGUUCAUGGACGGCUACAAGGGGUUCUAA